UUGGUUGUAUACAGACUAUACAUAAAUAAACAGAUUAUAACGGCUAUAACUGUCAUGGAAGUAAACAGAUGAAUGUCAUUUUUGGUCAAUUGAAUACAUGCGGCCAUUACGAUCUUUCAAUAUUUUAGUUAUUGUGCAGAAAUUGUAAGAUAAAAUGAUGUGAUACUUUAUAAAAUAAAUAGCUGAGUGUUACAUAGUUAAAUGAGAAAAAAGUUUUACCGCAAAAUAUUUUGUAAUUUAAGAGUUUUACUCUAAAAUGUGCAGUUUGUCUAUGUUCCAAAUUAGUGAAAUAUAAGGGCUUUGAUGAGGAUUGCAACUAAAAAUAGAUAUAUACAUACAAACAUUAUAAAUCAAUAACUUAAAUAUCAAUACUAGCAAGUUAAGUUACUGCGCUGCUGCGCUUCUGCGCGCUGACACCUGUGGAUAUAGGGCGCAUUGUAAACCUAAUCAAUAAACAUUGGUAGUCUUACCUGGAAUUAGGAUAUCAUAGUAGACUUUUAAAAUAAAAUAGUGAAAUCGUAGAGUUAUUCUUUAUAGUUCGGUUUAGUAGAAGUUAAUUACAAAUAAUGGUCAAUAUCCAUGCCCAAUUUGAUUAAGUGUUGAAAUUGAAUUGAAUGAGUUUUAAAUAUUAAUUUCUAAAUUUACGCAUUCACAAAUAUGAAUCUACCAAAUUUAUCGAUGAUUGAUUAUGGUAUCUUUAUACAUGUCACAUUUCUAAUUUCCAUCUUUGAUAUAUACUUUAAAUCUCCGGUUGUCAAAGAUGUUUUACCUUUUGAACCAAUCCAUGAGCCAACAUCGGAUCGACUUGUGCUUUUUGUGGUGGAUGGUCUACGUGCUGAGUCCUUUGUAAAUCACACAACUAUGCCUUAUCUUAGGUCCAUUGCUAACUCAGAGGGAAGAUGGGGAAUAUCUCACACUCGAGUUCCAACAGAAUCCCGGCCUGGACAUGUUGCUAUCAUUGCUGGUUUCUAUGAAGACCCCUCAGCUGUUACCCAAGGGUGGAAGGAUAAUCCUGUUGAUUUUGAUUCAGUAUUCAACAGAACAAGAUAUACAUGGUCUUGGGGAGCUUAUGAUAUAGUUGAUAUCUUUACUAAAGGAACUGUUGAUGGACACAUUUAUGUCACCAAAUUUGAUCCAUAUGAUAAGACAUUUAGUGCAGAUAAAAGUACCAUGUUGCUGGAUGAGUGGGUAUUCCGACAUGUUCGAGACUUUUUUGAUACUGCAGAGAAUGAUGCAGCCAUGAAGAAGAAACUACAUACUGAUAAAAUAGUAUUGUUUUUGCAUUUAUUAGGCACUGACACCUCCGGUCAUACUGAUAAACCGAGAUCACAAAAUUUCUAUCGCACAGUAGAGCAUGUAGACGAGAAUAUUAAAGACAUAGAAGAAAUGAUCAGGAAAUUUUACAAAAAUGAUGGUAAAAGUACCUUUCUAAUGACUUCUGACCAUGGAAUGACAAAUUGGGGUUCCCAUGGUACUGGAGAUGACCAUGAGACUCAAACACCAUAUGUGUUGUGGGGAGCAGGUGUGCAACAAGUUAAACAUUUGACUAAUGAAAGGCAAACUAAAAACAUGUCCUCGGAACAUAGAUAUGACAUAGAACAAGCAGAUUUAGCUCCAUUGAUGUCUACUUUUCUAUCAAUUCCAGUUCCAGUUAAUUCUGUUGGUAAACUUCCAGUUGAUCUUCUAAACAUGUCAUUGCCGAAUAGAGCCAAAGCAAUGUACAGCAACAGCAGGCAGCUUUUGUCUCAGUAUAUUAAAAAGAAACAAGAUGUUGAAGAUCAUGUUAUAAACGCAUUGUACAAACCAUACAAACCAUUGAACUCGGAGAAAAUUGAGGAAAUUACAACAUUCUCAGAAAAAUUACUAAAUGAACAUCAAUAUGAAGAAUUAAUUUUAUUCAGUGAGGAAGUCAUGAAUUUGAGUUUAUCUGGUCUAAAUUAUUAUCACAACUAUUACCAGAAACCUUUAUUGAUUGCAAUUACAUUGUCUUUCCUCGGCUGGAUAGUUUGCUUGCUCAAUAUAUUAUUGACGGACAAUGUUUGUGCUAUGAUGGAAAUUUAUAAACUGAAGUGUGUCAAGUCUAAGGAAACUAAUAAAUUAAAAUUUUUCACUAAAUGUGUUACAGCAGUAUUAUACAUUGUGACUAUAAGUCUCAUUUAUGUGCAAAACUUACCAUAUCUAUAUUAUUUAUUUUUCCUAACGCCGAUCACUCUAUGGACAAAUGCUUUGAAGUGUUUAAAUCUUUGGGUCUAUACGCUUACACUUAUUCGUAUGUACAGAGGUGUUUUGGAUACAAUAAUUGAAAUUUGUUGUUAUGCGCUUGGAUGUUUGGCGAUGGGCUUAUCACUUACCCACAGAUGGAUGUUGAGCAUUCCACUAAUUGGUAUGGGCUUUUGGCCAUGUUUUUCUUCAUCACGUAAUCUAGUAUCUAAGCCGUUACAUGCUUGUUGGAUGUUCGGAUGCAUGUUGCUAAGCAUGUUUUCAUUCAUGCCAGUUGUGGGACGUGCGGUUUCCAUUGAAUUGGUUUUGAUAGCUGGAUUAUUAUGGAUGUUGGCAAUGUUGUUGUUUACAUUUCUUUGGAAGGACAGUCGGACAAAUAGAAGGGAUAUUAUAAUAACUACAACCCAGACAAUCAUAAUGGGCCUAUCUCUUUAUAUCAUUUUAAUACAAGGCAGACGAUAUCAACACAGAUUUGCACUUUUGGGCUAUCUUCAAACUGUAUGUUGGAUUAUAUUAGUGGCUAUGUUGCUCCUGCCGUUUGGACAUACUCGUCGAAUGAGCAGUCGUCUGCUGGGCGUCAACACAUCGGUCGUCAACAUCUACCUGCUCCUAUCUGUCGCACACGAAGCUCUCUUUAUUGUUGUUUUGAUAUUUAAUAUCACUUGUUGGAUGAUCAUCGAAUUCAAAUUCCUCAAUUUGAAUAAUGUUAAGUUAACCGAUUAUACAUUUUCAAAAGAAAGCGAUGAAUUGGAGACCACUAUAUCGCCAGCUUAUCGAACUCUCACCAGCAAUGAUUUCCGAAGAGCAUUUUUCUUUACAAUGUACAUUUUCCUUGCGUUCUUCGGUACUGGAAACAUCGCUUCUUUGAAUUCAUUUGAAAUACGCUGGGUGAUAUGUUUUACGACUUCGUAUCAGCCGUUUAUCAUCACAGGUCUUGUGUUCUUGAAGACAUUGAUGCCUUUCUUGUGCGUUGGAUGCACAUUCAAAGCGGUUCAGCAUAUUACAAAGGCGACCUCCGAGUAUUUGGUUACAAUUGUGUUGAUUUACUCCAACAUAAUGGGUGUCCAAUUACUUUACUACGUUAAGAACACAGGCAGCUGGUUGGAAAUAGGCACUUCCAUAUCACAAUUCGUUAUUGUACAAAUUAUAACAGUUUUUAUUGUUGCUAUUAAUAUAUUCUCUAAAAUAUGGACGGAGGAGGAUUUCUACAGCUUUGCUUUUAAAAUAUUUAGAAGCAGAAAGAAGAAUGCUUAAAUGUUUUUUCUUUGUAAGUUAUGUAAUGGUUAAUUUAUUUAUUUUUUAAUAUUACGAGAAUCAUUAUAAUAAUAAUGAUUCACGACUGGCGCCAUUUUAUGACUGAUUUAUUUGUACUGUUAUCGUAUUUAUGCGUUUUACAAGUUUAUUCAUACUAAGAAUUACAGGUAUUCUACUAUAUUUAUGGCCAAAGGCCAUUUUAUUUGAAAAAAUUGUAAAAAAUUAUAAUAUUUUUAUAGAAUUUGGUCGAUUUAUCAUUAUCAUUCACUAAAAUAACAAAUUGAACUAUGAAAAUUUAUUUAAAGUUAAACCAUCAGUAUUAAAUGAAUGCACAUAAAAACGCUUGCGAAAUAUACAAGAUGAACGAUGUUUAAUAUUCAAUAUUAUCAGAUCAAGAUACCACAUUCCUUCUAGUCAUUAAGUACAUAAAAUAUAAUAAAUAAUAGUUAAGUAGUCACUGUUGCAUAUUAGUAUUAUAUUACUGAUUUUAAAGUAGACGUCGUAGUCAAAGCAUUUUACCUUCAAUACAAAUAAUAUAAAUGAAUCACAAUUUUAG